GUGCUAGCUUUUCUAGGUAUUCAUCUGAUAGAUAGCCUUCAGCAUGCUGAACUAUUCAGACAUCUCUAAUACCCAAAAGGGAAUAGUGGCUACCAUAAACAGCGUCAGGCUCAAGGACAAGGGCGUGGGCCAACACCAAGAUGCCUACAACUAUAAGAAUCAGAACUAUGAGGACCUUAGAGCAGAGUGUCUCAGAAAGGGGGAACUGUUCCAAGACCCCCUUUUCCCUGCAGAACCCAAGUCUAUAGGCACCAAGAUUCUGGGCUCCAGCUCUAUAGAAAUGGAGAGCAUCUAUUGGCAGCGGCCAAAGGAUAUCAUUCAAAACCCCCAAUUCAUCACGAAUAAUUUCUCUCCCACGGACAUCUGCCAAGGGAUCCUGGGGGACUGCUGGCUGCUGGCUGCCAUUGGCUCCCUUACCACUUGCCCCAAACUCUUGUACCGUGUGGUGCCCAGAAGCCAGAACUUCAAGAAGAACUAUGCUGGCAUCUUCUAUUUUCAGCUUUGGCAGUUUGGCCAGUGGUUGAACGUGGUCGUGGACGACCGGCUGCCCACUAAGAACAAUAAGCUGGUGUUUGUGCACGCCACCCGUCGCCAGGAGUUCUGGGGCGCCCUGCUGGAGAAGGCCUACGCCAAGCUAAACGGAUCCUAUGAAGCCCUGGGGGGAGGCAGCACUCUGGAGGGACUGGAAGACUUUACAGGCGGCAUAGCACAGUGCAUUCGGCUCCAGAAGCCCCCGGACGACAUGAGAAAGCUCCUCAGGAAAGCCCUGCAGAAGUCUUCCCUCAUGGGUUGUUCCAUCGAGGUCACCGACAAUAAGGAGACAGAAACGAUGACCAGGAAUAUGCUGGUGAGAGGACAUGCUUAUGCAGUGACUGAUCUAGAGGAAGUCCACUACAGAGACAAGUUGGAAACUCUAAUUCGGAUCCAGAAUCCCUGGGGCAGGGUUGAAUGGAAUGGAGCCUGGAGUGACAAAGCCAAAGAGUGGGAAGAGGUGGGCCCAGAUGUUCAGAUACAGCUGCUACACAAGAAGGAAGAUGGGGAGUUCUGGAUGUCCUAUGAAGACUUCAUGAGCAACUUUACACUGCUGGAGAUCUGCAACCUCACCCCCGACGCACUGUCCCCCUUGGAUUAUAAGAGUCGCUGGCACACGACCUUCUAUGAGGGCAGCUGGCGAAGGGGGAGCACUGCAGGGGGCUGCAGAAACCACCCCGAGACAUUCUGGAGCAACCCCCAGUUUAGGAUCUCUCUCCCAGAAAUGGAUGAUCCAGAGGGUGACUCUGAGCAAAACGAAAUGGUUUGCACCUGCCUGGUGGCUCUGAUGCAGAAGAACUGGAGACAUGCUCGAGGGGGGCCCCAGCUGCUCACCAUAGGCUUCGUCAUCUUCUCGGUCCCAAAGGAGUUUCAGAACCUCCAGGACACCCACCUGAAGAAAGACUUCUUUGUGAAAUACCGGAACCAUGGCUUUUCCGAGAUCUUCACCAACUCGAGGGAGGUGAACAGCCAUCUCCGGCUCCCCCCAGGGGAAUACAUCAUCAUCCCCUCCACUUUUGAGCCCCAUAAAGAUGCUGACUUCCUGCUUCGGGUCUUCACGGAGAAACACAGUGAGACUUGGUUGCUGGAUGAAGUCAACCGGGUUGAACAUCUCCAAGAGGAGACCAUCACUGACAAGGAUUUGGACAAGGAUUCUAUAAAGUUGUUUGAGAUGGUGGCAAAUGGGGGUGACGACAUAAAUAUGUAUGAGCUACAGAAACUUCUCAACAAGAUGUCAGCUAAAUCCAAAAGCUUCAAGGCGAAGGGCUUUAGCUUGGAAGUCUGUCGCCGUAUGAUCAACCUCAUGGACAAAGACAAUUCCGGCAAGCUGGAGCUUAAUGAGUUCCUGGUCCUGUGGAAGAAGAUCAAGAAAUGGAUGGAAAUCUUCAAAGAGUGUGAUCAAGACCGCUCAGGGAACUUGAACUCCUACGAGAUGCGCCUGGCAAUAGAGAAAGCAGGCAUCAGGUUGAACAACAGAGUGACUGAGGUGAUUGUUGCCAGGUACGCGGAUGAUAACAUGAUCGUGGACUUUGACAAUUUCAUCAACUGUUUCCUAAGGCUCAAGGCCAUGUUUGCGUUCUUCUUAUCCAUGGACACCAAGAAAACCGGUAUUAUUUGCUUGAAUAUAGACCAGUGGCUGCAAAUAACCAUGUGGGGGUAGGGAGAUGCGGAGCCUGGAUCCCUCCGUCCUCCCUCCGCCGGCGGUGCUCCGGCCAGGAUGGUGGGUGCUCCUUGUCACUCGCUCUCGCUCUCCAGUGCCCCAGGCGCAGUGUUUACUCCGUGCCCCUACUCCGGGCUGACGGGAACUCCAACCCCGAACCCCCACCCCCAACCCCACCUCAACCCGAGCACUCGCACACCGCAUUUAGACUAAAAAUGAGAUGGAUUCUCCCCUAGUUUUUCUCUGGCGAAGGCAGUCUUGCAGCUUAGUGCUCCCGCGCGUGCUGUUAACUCACACCCCCCUGCUAGCCCGCCCUCUUGUCAGGAAUUUCAUUGCCUCCCUGUGCCACGUCGUACACAUUAUUCUAAUAAACAGGACAUGGUUUACCACUUAAUUCUUCAACACCAAA